UCUUCCUCAGACUCGUACAGUUCGCACGUUACAGAGCCAGCCGACCGUGUCUCUUCGCCGCAGCCGUAUUAGCCGCAAUCGUUGAUCGUGCAGCAUCGCGCUUCUUUGAUCAGGCCAACAGCGGCGAGUCGGGCUCGUUUAUUCAUUUGUCGGUUUUGAGUUCUUACGGGCACACAUCGAGGGUUGAAUACCCAAUAUUCAAACGGUAUAUAAAUCGUUCAUAAGAGACUGUAUCGACGGUGUGUUCACCGAGACGUGAUCCAGCCACUUGAACCCUUAUUCAGACAUGUUGGUGGAGUACGCGGUCAAGUGGGCAUGGAGGGUGCUCGGCGGAUCGCCGGAGAAUGUUAUGUUCACACUUAUCGUGUUCGUCGGAGUGUUCGCGAUCGUCAGAUCGGCCCAGUGGCUAGAAUUCACCCGCUCUCUGCCGCCGGGUCCGUGGGGCCUUCCGGUCGUUGGAUACCUGCCCUUCCUCAAGGGCGACAUCCAUCUCCACUUCGGGCAGCUCGCCAAGAAGUACGGAUCCAUGUUCAGCGCCAGACUCGGUUCCCAGCUCGUCGUCGUACUCAGCGAUUACAGGGCGAUUCGCGACACUUUUAGACGCGAGGAAUUCAACGGCAGACCCCACAACGAAUUCAUGAACAUCCUGGGCGGAUACGGUAUCGUAAACUCAGAGGGAGCGAUGUGGAAAGAACAGCGAAGGUUCCUCCACGACAACCUCAGGAGUUUAGGGAUGACGUAUCUCGGCGCUGGGAAGAAGACGAUGGAGUCGAAAAUAAUGAGAGAAGUUCAAUCCUUCCUCCGUUUGCUGUCGGUGCAACAAGGCGCCCCGACGAACAUAUCGACCUCGCUCGGAAUGUCGAUAAGCAACGUGAUAUGCUCGAUAAUAAUGGGGGUGCGAUUCCACCACGGCGACAGCCGGUUCAAACGGUUCAUGAUCCUGAUCGAAGAGGGGUUCAGGCUGUUCGGCAGCAUGGUGGCGGUCAACUUCAUUCCGGUGAUCCGAUUCCUCCCUGGCAUCCAAAAGAUCCGCGACAAGAUACGGGAGAACCGUUCCGAGAUGGCAACCUUCUUCCAAGAGACGGUAGACCAGCACCGCGCGACCUUCGACGAGGGUAACAUCCGCGACCUAGUCGACGCGUACCUCCUAGAGAUCCAGAAGGCCAAGAGCGAGGGUCGCGACGCGCAGCUCUUCCAAGGAAUGAACCACGACCGCCAGAUGCAGCAGAUCCUCGGCGAUCUCUUCUCAGCUGGCAUGGAGACGAUAAAAACGACACUUGAGUGGGCGGUAGUGCUGAUGCUCCACCACCCUGAGGCGAUCCGAGCCGUGCAGGAGGAGCUUGACCACGUGGUAGGUCGCUCACGAUUGCCAGCUCUCGAGGACGUCCCGUUCCUCCCGAUAACGGAGUCGACGAUCCUGGAGAUACUCCGGAGGUCGAGCAUAGUGCCCCUAGGAACAACGCACGCGACGACAAGGGACGUCAGGCUUAACGGCUUCACGAUACCGGCUGGUACCCAAAUAGUCCCGCUCCUCCACGCGGUCCACAUGGACCCGGAGCUUUGGAACGAGCCGCAGGCGUUCAGACCGGAGCGCUUCUUGUCGGCGGAGGGUAAGGUGACGAAACCAGAGUACUUCAUACCCUUUGGAGUUGGCCGUCGCAUGUGCCUGGGAGACGUGCUCGCGAGAAUGGAGUUGUUCCUAUUCUUCAGCUCGCUGCUCCACACCUUCGACAUCAGCCUACCCGAGGGAGCUUCUCUUCCCAGCCUCCGGGGAAACGCCGGGAUCACGGUAACACCCGACCCGUUCAAGGUCUGUCUGAACCAGCGCACCUUCGAGGGGAUCGACUUGGAGUCCCUCGAAUGGGCCACCGGUUCGCUGAGAAACGUCGGGGGCCACUAAAGCGUUCGUUUUGCGGGUCCCGAAAGCACGGUAGUUCCUAACGGGUGAUCGAUCGAUCAAUUGACCGAUCUAUUUUGGGCCUCAAUUGACUUCCCGGCUGAUUGGGAAGAGUGUAUGUGAGAGAGGAAGAGAGAGAGAGAGAGAGAGAGGGUGGGGAGGGGGGAGGGAGGGGUGAAUAGUGCCAUUACUGAUCGACGAACUUGUGUGAUUAUCCUAUAUAAUUAGCUGCGUCACGGUUGAACGGUCUAUUUAACUAUUUUUUUUUUUUAUUAAUUCUUUCAUCCCGAAGUAACGUAACGUGAUCAGGGCUAAGAAAGAUUUUACCAUCGAUCGUUAUACGUCGCGUCAUAUAUUCACCAUCGAUCAAUAUUACGAUACAAGGUAAUAUGGUAUGAUAUAAUAUAAACGUGUAUGGAUAAACAUACACAAAGACACACACGCAGACACACCGAUAUAACAAGUUCGCGACGUUCGAUGCAUAUAUACAAAUAUGUAUAUAUUUUCGACUGCAAAUGGCAUAUUAUUUAUUGUAUGUUCAUUCCGUGAGCGUCAAAGAAAACCCAUGUGUUCAGUAAUGUAAAUUACACAUAUAUAUUUACAUAUAUACAUGCAUAUAUAUGUAGAUAUACGUAUAUUAAGUGUAGAUAGAUCAUAACUUUUCAACUAGGCAGACUCAGUCCCGUAUAUUAUGGAUAUUACAUGGCUGAAUCGAUCGGAAAUCAGUGAGGCAGUUUCGUUCAAAUUUACGAGAACAAUUUCUGAUAAAAUAUCCGUGUUCAUUUUCCGAACGAAUCCGUUUCUCUUAUAUCUGCGUAUACACAUACACACACAUUUCCUUUGGCAAACAAGUUGCUGCGUCGAGAAUCGCUUAGGUGAGUAAAAAAUUUUACCGAAACUGUCUCAACGAGAAUGAUCGCGGCCGGUGGACGAGCGAGCGAAUCGCGCCUUAUGAAAUUUUGAAUAUAUUACCGAAUUUUUGCAAAGAGAACGAUAAGACUAUACAAUUAGUAAGUAUGCAUACAUAGAUAGUAGACAUAUACACAUAUAAUACGUACAUACCCACACACACGCGCGUACAUACGUUACACUUAUCGUACGACCGGCAUCCUCGUCGUCAUCGUUGUGAUUUGCUACAUGAUGUGAACGGUGAUUUGAUUCCUUCGUUUAAUAUAUCUCUGUCAAACAUUCGUCUUACAAUACGACGGAUAAUUCUUUCAAAGGAAUCGUCAUCAUCGUCAUCAUCAUUAAUUUCACCGCCAUCAAUCAUAUAUAUAUACUCUGUAAAUCGAUGCGUUUCCAAUGACAAUGGCAAUGAUGAUGGUCCUUUUUCCCCAUUGUAAUCAUGAUCGAUGACAUGUUGCUAUCGUUACUAUUUUUAUUCCUUUUUUUUUUUUUUUUACAAAUUUUGCCAAUUACCGUAUAAAUCCACGGCUGUUGCUACGUAUUUUCUGGUGAUAUUAUUAUCAUCAACAUCGUUAUCAUUACCGCGGUCAUGAUUAUUACGAUUAUCAUCAUCAUUAUUAUUAUUAUUAUCACUACCAAUAUUGUUAUUAUUGCAGAUAAUUAAUGUUAACGUGGUCGUUUGUUAGCAUUUUUCGUUGUUGAUUUGUUUUCACUGUUAUUGUUUGUUUUGUUACUGCGGUUGGUAGCUGUAGGUGUCAUAAUUAUUAUUAUUAUUAUUAUUAUUAUUAUUAUUGUUAUUAUUAUUAUUGAUAUUAUUAUAAACUUCACUGUCAUCAUCAUUGCCGAGCAUAUAUAUAUACAUACAUACAUGUAAACCGGGCGACCCGGAUUUAUACGCGGUAUCAAAAUGACCGCGAGAGUCUUGUGUAUUUGAGCUACGCUUUGGCUGCGCGAGUGUGUGCGUACGUGUGUUUUCAAUUGUUCAGAGAUUUACAUGGUUGGCUGCACGAUUAACUAACUAGUUGGUAUUAUUUACAAAGUAUAAGAUUAUUUAAGACAUUGAUUAGACGUAUAUAGAAAUAUAUAUAUAUACAUACAU